AUGGAUCGGAGGCACCCUAGUUCAUUCCAACAGCUGGAAAAGCUCGGUGAGGGGACCUACGCCACUGUCUACAAGGGGCGAAACCGACAGACGGGUGAACUCGUUGCCCUCAAAGAAAUCCACCUUGACUCCGAAGAAGGCACACCGUCGACUGCGAUCCGAGAAAUCAGUUUGAUGAAGGAGCUCAAGCAUGAAAACAUUGUCACCCUGCACGAUGUCAUACACACGGAGAACAAGCUCAUGCUGGUCUUCGAAUACAUGGACAAGGACUUGAAAAAGUAUAUGGACGCACGAGGGGAUAGGGGCCAACUCGACCAUGUCACCAUCAAGAGAUUCAUGCAAGAUCUACUCCGAGGCACUGCAUUCUGUCACGAGAACCGAGUCCUACAUCGCGACCUGAAGCCCCAAAACCUGUUGAUAAACACCAAAGGCCAACUGAAGCUGGCGGAUUUCGGCCUGGCAAGAGCAUUUGGAAUUCCAGUAAAUACCUUUUCCAAUGAGGUGGUCACACUGUGGUACAGAGCACCAGACGUGCUUUUGGGGUCGAGGACUUAUAACACGAGCAUCGACAUUUGGUCUGCGGGCUGCAUCAUGGCCGAGAUGUACACUGGCCGGCCUUUGUUUCCAGGGACGACGAAUGAGGACCAACUACAAAAAAUUUUCAGGCUGAUGGGCACGCCGUCAGAGCGCACCUGGCCUGGCAUCUCCCAACUCCCCGAGUACAAGAGCAACUUUCCAUCUUACGCCACGCAAUCGUUGGCAAUUCUCUUGCCGCAGAUUGAUCAGUUAGGCCUUGAUCUGCUGGGGAAGUUGCUGCAGCUCAGACCAGAGAACCGAAUCAGCGCACAAGACGCCCUCAGGCAUCCGUGGUUUUCGGAUCUGCCAAACUACGCCGGACACGGUAGGACUCAUGUUAGCUCAACAAUGCAGCAACCCGGACAGCUGGGACAUCAGGGCGGAGUUUCUGGAGGGUACGGUGCUCAGCCUGGAUUGGUAGGCCCUGGAGGUGCAUAUUAA